GCUAGUAAUACACGUAAAUUUAUAUCAGUUUCUGAUACACCUAGGACCGAGAUCUCGGUCCCAAUCACUAAGGUAUAUAUAUUUACACUAUUUACAAUACACUACAGAAGGUCAGGUUUAUUAUUACGAAGAUUGAGAUCGAAUACUCUCCGUCCAUACAAUUCUCCGCAAUGCAAAUUCUAUGCUUCGGAACCAUCAACUUUCCGUCUCCAAACUCCUGUCUCCUACUCUUGGAAUUUCUCAGUUCACUCCUUCUUCUCUGCUACUUUACUCCUACGUCCGCGACUCCACCAAUCUUCCGAUUCCUAUCACAUAAUAUCUAGACUUGCACCACUCCAAACCUUUACUCUAACCGCUAGCAGAUCAGAGAUCUGAAGACGAAUCUGUACUGAACAAUGGCAAUUUAGAAUAAGGUAAGUUCCCCGCCUCGGCAGCCAAUCGAAUGCGACAGACACACUCUGCAUGGUAUUAUAUUAUAACCGGACGUCGGGUGAUGCGCCUUAACGUAUGGGUUGGUACCGGCUAUAUCAGCUCACCAGUCUGACAGCGCUAGGCAGCGGCCUUUCCCCAACCCAACCCAACCACUUUACAUACUCCGGAGUAAGCACCUGUGGACAUUGGACAACCAAGACCGGUGAACCUCCCCCCCCUCCAUCCCCUUCUCCGCAUCUCGCGUCUUGCAUCUUGUCAACUAACCUACGCCGUACCGGCCACUUGGCAUUCCCUACCUACUUUGAGACAAAGGGGGGGAAGAGAGGGGAAGAGAGCGGGGGACCUCUGAAAAUAAGCUCAGAUGUCGUAUGUGGAAUAUUUACCACAUGUACCAAGUAUGAUGAACACGAAUCGAUGACGGAGAAACACCGUACAUUACCCAAAGGAGAUACCCGAGCUGUGCUUGAUCUUUGUUGUUCGAAAUCCCUAGAUAUUGUAGGAAUCGCCUCAAACAGCCUGAAUGUAAUUUGAACACAAUGAACCACCAAAUGGGACUGGGGCCAAGCCACCUGCCUAGCUAGUAUAGAAGACUGCUGAGAGCCACCUCGUUCGUAGGAUCACCCAGGCACUGUUAUUCUCUUCGUUCCGUUACUCUUCUCCGUCGAAUUGGCCAUCAGGACGAGACGAGUUUAGAGGAAGAAACAGCAAAUCCACCUCACCUCUACCUGCUGGGCAAGCCUACGCUUUGCCUACGCUUGAACAUGGCACCAGUCACUGCUGUUGCAGACCUCGCUCCUCAUCUGAGGGGCGUGUCAGAUCCUAUCGUCACUCAGAUAGCCGCUGAAGACAAGGUCAAAUGGUUCAAGAAGCCCAAGUUGCGGAUGAUGUACCUAACCCUGUUUGUAUGCUGUAUGGGCAUCGAGAUGACCUCGGGCUUCGACUCGCAGCUCAUGAACACAUUACAGUACUCCGACACCUGGUAUCUCUACUUCGGUGAUACCAUCAACCCCAAAACCGGUAAAAAGGCUCUAACCCCUGGAAUGUUGGGAUUCAUGAAUUCGUGCUACCAGAUUGGUUCUAUCAUUGGGAUCCCCAUUGCUCCUUAUAUCAACAAUCGAUGGGGGAGACGCUGGCCUAUAAUGGGUGGUUCUUUGUGUAUGGUUGUGGGUGCAUUGCUCCAAGGCUUCGCGCAGAAUAUCGGGAUGUAUAUCUUUGCACGAAUGGUACUUGGUUUUGGUAUUAUUUUCUGCAUCAUUUCCGGUUCUUCCUUGAUUGGAGAGCUCGGUCAUCCUAAGGAUCGUGCAACCUUAACAUCUCUCUUCAACUCUUCCUAUUUUCUCGGAGCGAUCGUUGCAUCGGUCAUUACUAUCAAAACUGUCGACAUUCCCGGUAACUGGAGUUGGCGCGUUCCUUCUCUCUUGCAGAUGUGCCCCUCACUUCUACAGAUAUCGACAGUUUUCUUGCUUCCAGAGAGCCCGAGAUGGCUUGUAAGCAAAGAUAGACACGAAGAAGCGCGUGCUAUCUUGAUUAAAUACCAUGCCGAAGGUGACGAAGACUCGGUCCUUGUAAAAGCAGAGAUGGCUCAGAUCGGCUCAACUAUCAAGAUCGAGAUGGACAACUCGAAACAGUCCUGGAUGAAUAUGGUCUCGACUCCAGGUAUGCGCCGUCGUACAUACGUUGCCAUAUUCCUUGGACUAUGUACUCAGACAUCCGGUAAUUCACUGUUGUCCUAUUACACCAAUAUCUUGUACCCCCUCAUGGGUUACACUACCGGAUUUGCCAAAACAAGAAUCAACGUUGCCAACCAAGUAUGGGGUUUCGUCACUGCCACGGUUUUUGCAUCGUUCAUCGUGGCGAGGUUCAAGCGUCGAGUAAUGUUUCUCACGGCCAUUACAGGCAUGUUGCUGGUUUUUAUAGCAAUGACGGUGUCUUUCUAUGUCCUUAACGAUGCGAAGCUCCACCACGUCAAAAACCAUGGCGCUCAAAUCUCAGCUUUGUUCUGGUAUUUCUCCUAUAACGUUCCUUAUAACCUCGGCGACAAUGCUUUGGUCUACAGUAAGUCUCCAAUUCUCUUUAUGACCCAGCUUCAGAGUGGCCGAUCAGUCAGCCGGCUUUUAAGCUAAUCAGUCAGCUGGGAAAAAAACGUCAGCUAGUUAGCUCGAAUAUAUUUGUAAGCUAGUUAGCUAGAAUAUAGCUAGCUUAUAAGCUAGCUUAUAAGCUGG